AUGACAAAGCCGAGGAAACACCAAAAAAGAGUAGAGUGUGAGAUUCUACUCGACGACAUCGCAAACCUAGCCAAGCAAGGUGAAGUUACUGUGCAGCCAACAUUCCAGCAAGAAGUCGUCGCAGAAGCAUCCAAAUCAAGAGGAAACUGCAAAAGCAAGAUCGUAGAAGAACGACACAUUGAAGCCGCUAAGCAACUUAAAGCAGACCAUAACAUCACUGUAAGAAAAGCCGACAAAUCUGCAUCCUAUGUCAUAAUGAACACCUCUGAAUACAUGGAUAAAAUGGACGACAUCCUGAAGGACGAAACCAAGUUCACCAAGAUAACAAAGGACCCCACAGAAAGUUUGAAAAAGAAACUAAACAAGCUGAUUUCGACCAGUAACAUUGCAAGCAACACCAUCAAGCUCAACAAGCUUUCUGGAGAAUAUAAAAUGGGAUACUGCUACGGCAACGUGAAGAUACACAAGCCUGGAAACAAACUAAGGCCCAUCAUAUCGCAAAUCCCCACGCCAACCUACACCAUCGCGAAGAGGCUGUGCGCUACGCUGACACCUUAUGUACCAUCCACCUACAGCCUGACCUCAGCAGCUGACUUCCUUGACAUCCUCAAGUCAAACAACGCGAAGGGAAACAUCGCUUCUCUGGAUGUGGAAUCAUUAUUUACGAACGUCCCUGUCGACCGAACCAUCGAAUACAUCUUGCAACGAGUUUAUCAUAAUGACGACACCCCGAGCCUAGACAUCCCUGAGCCAACGCUACGCAGCCUUCUUGAGUGCUGCACAAAAGAGGCACCAUUCACCUGCCCUAGAGGUAACAAGUAUCAACAAGUGGAUGGUGUCGCCAUGGGCUCCCCGCUGGGAGUCCUGAUGGCGAACUUCUUUAUGGGCUGCAUAGAGGAAGAAGCCUUUAAGACCACCAAGAGACCUGAUAUAUACUGCCGCUACAUCGACGACAUUUUCAUCAAAACCACAAGCACCGAGGACGCCGAACAUCUCAGAAGACUCCUUCAAGAAUUAUCCGGAUUAAACUUCACCAUCGAGCAUAGCACCAACGGAUCCAUGCCUUUCCUGGAUAUCCUCGUCAAGCAAGAUCAAGACGCCUUCAACACUGCUGUCUACGUGAAGGCUACUAACCCAGCUAGUCCACCAUGA